GCUGUCGGUAUCAUGCAUAGCGCGUAUUUUGCAUUCCUUCCAUUCAAGUGAAGUAGAACACAUUGAUUUUCUCAUUUUCAUGUGGAAAAGCAUCUCGAAUGCACAAACAACAUCACGGCAUUGAUACUACCGUGAAAGUUCUCGAUGAAAUCAAAGAGCCCACUUGAAUUUAUCAUCGCGAAAAUGUAAAUGGAAAAAAAAAUUCUCGUGAAGAGGCAAUUUUUUUUUUAAAAAUAAACUCAUUAAAAUUCAUCAAACGGAAAAAAGGGCUUGUGUGUGUAUGCAUAAAAUUCGAUUUAAAAAAUCGAGCACAAAGUGAUUAUUAUGAACGAAGAAAAAAAUAGUGUGUGUAUAUUUCCGGUAAAUUGACCGAGGCUGCAAAAAGUAGCAGCGAAAAAGAUUUCUCGCGAAAAAAAUUCCACCAGAAAAUAAUUAUCAUUAUUAACGGCUCAAUGAGUUAAAUUGAAAAGAAACAAAUUUGCCCGAAUUCCUUUUUGCCUCUCAUCAAGGCAUUUUUCAAUAUAAAUUGAGUGAAAGUAAACCAUCAAACAAAAGGGCAAAAUAAAUGAUUUCGAAACAACAACAAAAUUUUGGCAACUGCACAAUGAACUGAGAAAAACUGGACGACAACAGCAACAAAACCGUGUGGCUGAUUUGUGCAUGGUAUCGAGACUCAAGUUUGUAAUAUUUAAUUUAUUGGCAUGAACUAAAUUGGUUCUGGAUGCAAGGGACACAUAGUCAGUGGCGGAAAAGUGAUGAAUGAUUUUCGAUUCAGAACAUUUGCUGAGACUCAGAGAGUGAGUGCGGCCGAAAAAAAAGCGAAGCCACAGAAAGAGAAAAAAUUAACAAAUCCAAAGAGGAAAUGAAGCGUUUUUUCCGUCGUUUAAUGAAAAACAAACAAAGUAUCACAUAAAACAUUACAGCCAACACAACCGGUGCACUGGGACAAAAAAAAGAGAAACGAACAGAAGUUUGGUAUUGAUCGAUGCUUUUUAGUUAUUUUUUUUUUUUUUUUCGAGUGUUUGAAAUAAAUUCGGUAAUAAAUAUAGGCCAUUUAUCAAAAUCGGAAAAACUGUUUGUGGCGAAUUUUCUGUGCAACUUGAAUGAGACCAAAAUAACAACAACAGCAGCAAAAAGCUAAAUGAAAGCAGCUUGUGAAUGAAUAGUUGAAAGAGAGAACGCUGACAAAGUGAAGGAAUUCGAGAUUUAAAAAAAAACACCAAACGAAUGCGCCAACUGAUACUCAAAAGUAUAAGUUUUUUUCUUUCGCGCGUGUAUAUAUGUGUGUGUCGUAAAUGAAAGGAAGAAUUCCAAGUGUUCCGGGCAUCUUUUUGUGCUACACAGAAACUUUUUCCUUUUUUUUCUAUCCCUCUGCUGUUUAUUAACAAUUUUCAGUUCUCACACUUUAAACAUUUGUCACAGUACACGUUUCCCUCUUCCGUCCCUUUCUCAACAACUGCGAAACACUGCGAGAAUGAACUAAACGUGUGCGCACAGUGGAACACAAUAGCAAAAAAAGAGAAACGAACGAACAGAAGAAAGAAUAAAGAAUAAAAUAGGGAAAAUUGAAAGGAGUAAAGGAAACGCAUCUAAGAGAAAAAGUUAAGAAACAGGCAUUAGCAUUGCUUGAGUAAGAGAAGAGAAAAAAAAAUUCGAACGAAACAAACGGCCAAGCGAACGGCGGCGAAAAUGAAGAAAAUGAAGAAAUGAGAAAGGAGGAAAAAAAAACGUGAAAAACAUGAAAAUAAAACUUUAAAAGCAUGGCUUUGUGCUAUAUUUAAGUGGCACUUUCGCUUGCAGUACACAACACCCAACCGAAUAAUAAUAAUAAAAAAAAGUGCGUGUGUAACGAGAUUCCAUUCUGAAUGCAUUGCAAUGAAUUGAAAGUGUUUCGGAUAAAUAUAACGAACGAAUAGUUGUUUUUUUUUCUCUUUCUUUGCUGUUAACAGCAUCAAAUGCAACGACAAACAACAAAAAAGGACGCAGAGAGAGUGAAUAUUAUGCACAGCAGUUGCAACAGAAGCUGAAUCAGUGAGACAACAACAACUGCGAAAAUGAAAAGCGACGAAGCAAGUAAAAAAUGUGCGAAAUAAGAGGAGAGAGAAAAAAAAACAAACGCUCGUGUAAAAACUAAACUGCCAUUGUUUCAAUUGGUUCUCGGCUUCCGGCUACACCGUCCGAAAGUUUUCUUUCUCGAAUCAAUUUUUCUCUCGGGUGAAUUCGACGACAAUAUUGACGUGUAUAUGUACAUUUUGGUUGUGACUCGUUGUAGUGACACCAACGAAAAAGAAAAACAGAGAAAAUAAACUCAAAUAAAGCUUCGGUGAAGAUAAAAAAAAACUCGCAUUCCACCACCACUUUAUUUCCGUUGUAAAGCAACUUUAUGUGGACAGUUUUUUUUUUCUGUGCUUUACACGCGUUCACUUUUUCCCAUUUGAAUCAAAUCGGAACGGAAUUAGUAUUUGCUUUAGCGGUUGGUUCGUGCUUCAUUUGAGAAAAAAACCCGUCAAUACGUCCAUUGUGGAUUCCAUUUCGGUCGUUGGCGAACUGAGUGAGAAUAGAAAAAAUACUCCAGACUACAACUUGUCAAUGUAAUUAUAUAUGCAUCUGGUAUUUCCGCUGGCGGUUUUUCAAGAGACAUAGUUGAACAGAAAAACACGCACACGCUCAUGUAGCUACAAUCAUUCAGGCCGAGUGUAAUUUGCUUUGUGACAAUUUAGAAAAGAGCCACAAACAACACGAAUCAGAGUAUUCACCUCGAAUACACAUCGCCGCGGCCGCAUGCCAUAAUAACUGUGACGAACAAUUCGUGUAAUGGCAAUUCGUUAAAACAAAUGGACUUCAAAAAGCGAACUUGUCUGGCAAUAAUGAAUACACAAUCCGCGGCUUUUAUGAAUGAAAAUAUGUGCGCACCAUAUAUAAUACCAAAUUAAACAUAAUCUGGACACCAGAUUACCGGACUUUUAAUACACGUGCGAUGACCCGAACCAUACAUUUCUAUUACCGGAAACAAAUAUUUUGCCACCUGAAAAUGUUGGUAAAAUGCUGUAUGCUGCUGUCGCUUUUGCAAUUAGCUUACGGAUUGACAAUGUGCCCGGAUGACUGUGCAUGCAACACCGACAUGAAAGGCCGGCUACAAAUCAUUUGCAAGGGUUUGAAAACGAUACCAGUACAAUCGUUGGAUCCAAGCAUACAAGUUUUAGUGAUAAGCAGUUCGAAAAAUCCGUUAACAAUAAGUCCAAUUUUUAUACCGUUCACCAAAUUAGAAGUCCUACAAAUUAAUGAAGCGAACAUCCAAUCGAUUGGUGUGCAUUCGUUUUGGGGUGUGCAAAGCUUGCGUCUAUUAGAUUUAUCAAGAAACAACAUUAGUACGAUUUUAGCAAAUAAUUUUCGUGGUCAAGAUGGAUUGCACGAGCUCGAUUUAUCAUUCAAUAAAAUCCAAGAGAUAGCCAGCUGGACAUUUCAACAUCUCAAGGAUUUGAGACGCCUGAAUCUGGCUGAGAACUUAAUAGUUGAAUUGGUGCCACGCGUAUUUUACAUGCUUGGCAAACUCAAAUAUUUGAGUUUAAGUGGUAAUCCAUUGAACGAUUUGCCGCCGGAUGUUUUUAAGGAUAUACUGGAACUGAAAGAGCUGCAAUGCCGUAAUUGUAAUAUCAAGAAAAUCAACCCACAAGUUUACAAUCUCUUGCAGCGGUUAGAGUUUCUGGAUCUAGGCGACAAUCAGCUCAAAUACUUGGAAAAAGGUGAAUUCCGGGACUUGAAUCUCAUCAAAAGUAUUAAGCUGGACGGAAAUCAAUUGUCUGUGAUCAUUGACAAUUUAUUCGAAACGCAAAAAUAUUUGGCAUAUUUGGAUUUAUCACGGAAUCGACUGGCCAAAGUAACAAAUGGUGCAUUCGUAAACCUAUCGAAUUUAACAUAUCUGGAUUUGUCCUAUAAUAAGUUAGUAAAAUUAGAGUCAGCCAGUGUGGAGCCGCUGAGAAAAUUGCACACGCUCAACAUCAGUGGGAACAUUCAAAUGGAUCUGUACGACAUACGAGAAGCGUUUCAACUAUUGCAUAAUCUCAAGACAUUAUCAAUAGCCGAUAUGGGGGUGAUUCCGUAUGAAUUAUUGGUGCCAUUAGGACAAUUGAAAGCAUUGAACUUGUCUGGCAAUCACUUGGUGAAUGUUUCGAUGCAAAUUCUACAACCGGUCGAUGGUCUCGAACUGCUGGAUAUUUCGCGGAACCAGUUAAAUGGCAUUGAAGAUAGCCAGGCAGUAAUGCUGCAAAAAAUCAAAGAAGUGCGAUUGGAAAAUAAUCCACUUAUUUGUGACCGAUGCCAUAUGGGUGCGCUCAUCCAAAUGGCUAAAAAUCUUCGAUGGAGUUUGCAUCCGAUUUGCUUUCUGCCCGAGUCUCUAAGAGGCAUUCAAAUAUCCGAUUUGACCAUUGGUUCGCUGGACGUGUGCACGGCAGCCGAAUCAUUACACGAUGAAACAUUCGAUGCGGCCAGCACAUCGCACAACUUUCUCACGCGCGGUAAUUUAAAUGUGCUAGCAUUUCUCGGUGGCGUGUUUUUUAUAUUAAUUUCCCUGGGUAUAUUUAUUACGGUUGUUUGCUUUGCUGGACGUAAACGACACAAUCGGCAGAAUUCCGUGUGCGCUACUGAUAAAAAACGCGAUAUUUCGAUUGAAAUGGAAACAAGCCUGGAUAUGCAAUCGGUUGCCGGCACGGAGAGCAGUUUUAAAUAUCCCAAAGAGCCACUUGUCGAAAUUGAGGAUCAAGUGUGUACGAUUGAAAAUCUGUUUAUACCACCACCACCACCGCCACCCUCGUCCAUCGUAAAAAUUACAACGAGAACUUGCCAUUAAAAUUUUUUUUCACUCGAAUACAUAAAAUCCAUAAUUGAAGAUGGUGCAAAUGUAGCAUCAUAAUAAAGCGCAAAACGCAGAAAAUGCGUGUGUAUCACGAAGCAAUAAUCCGCCACGAAGAAGAAAGUUUCGUGAGUAAAGAAAGUUCGUGUCAAACAAACACCCGAGCAAAGAAAUUGAGAUGAAAACGGAGGAAAACACACAUUUACACGGAGGAAAUUUUAUGAAAAACUUAAUAUUUAAGUAGACAACAAGUAAAAAAGCGAAAGAUGUGCAUAUAAAAAGGAAAACAAAGUUCUACACACUCUGUCAUAAAUAAUAAAAUUUUCAUUAGUAGACAAUAUUUAACGUUCUUAUAUAACGUGCGCCAAUUGUCACACUUUUAUUCUAUAAGAAGUUUUAUUAUUAAAUGUUCACGAAUUAUAACAGAUGAAAAUGAAAAUGUCUCUCACUCGCAUCGUCAUAAAAUAAAUUGUGUUUUGAUGGACGAUAUUGAGAGAAGCGCGAUGAACAAACCGAAAUCUCAGACAAGGCAAUUCUCUCUUUAUUGCAACAGCACCAGCAAUCAGUUUAAUUAAUCAACGCGGUGGAUAAAGCAGAAGUAUGACUUAUUACAACUACAGCCACAUUGUAGACAAUUUGAUAAGACUAAUGACACACAUUUACUCAAGUAAUUUUCGGUGGCUAUAUUCGACUGUUUUAAUAUGACAAGAGUGUGCAAAUAAUCGAGAGAAAAAAAUCAAAGUGAAUGUUGUAUACAAUUUUAAUGCUUGCCAUUUAUUUAGCAAAAAAAAACAGUAAUUCACAAAUAAAAUGAAAUCAUGACUCAAAAUUCACAUUCACCGUUAUUUAGAAAAUUGUAAGAUUGUAAAUAAUUGUACUACUUUCAUUAUAAGAAUUCAGCAUUGUGUAAAGAAAAUGUUAGGCAUUAAGUUAAUUAAAAAAUGAAACCAAAAUCACACCAAAAUAAAGUCAAUCGGAAUCAUUUUUCUUCGGAUACAUUA